UUUUUUGUUUUUUUUUGCCUCCACUGUUGCUAUUUAUUAGCGUGGGGGAAAGCGGGGAUAUAAAAAGGGACUGGUGAGAGGCCAGAGCACACAUCGAGACCUCGGGGGGCAAAGCAACAUCACCAGGCUAUCCCACACACUACAUCCAAGAUGGGCAGGAUUGUCUUCUACGAGGACAAGAACUUCCAGGGCCGUCGCUAUGAGUGCGACAGCGACUGCUCCGACUUCCACGCCUACCUGAGCCGCUGCAACUCCAUCCGGGUGGAGAGCGGGGCCUGGGUGGUGUACGAACGGCCCAACUACAUGGGCUACCAGUACGUCCUGACCAGGGGGGAGUACCCAGAGUACCAGCGCUGGAUGGGCCUCAACGACAGACUCAGCUCCUGCAAGAUGGUCCACUUUACCAGCGGGGCCCUGUACAAGAUGCAGCUGUAUGAGAAGGCAGACUUCGGGGGCCAGGCCUUCGAGGCCACGGAGGACUGUCCCUCUCUCCUGGAGAAGUUCCGCUGGAGGGAGGUCAACUCGUGUAAGAUCUUCGACGGCUGGUGGGUUUUCUACGAGCACCCCAACUACCGUGGACGCCAGUACUUCCUGGAGAAGGGGGAAUACCGCAAGCCGGGCGACUGGGGCGCCGUCAGUCCUACGGUCCAGUCUUUUAGGCGCUUCACUGAAUGAUUUAACCUCUAUCCAAAACGUUAACUCAAAAAGUCGAUAUUUGACUAUGAUUUUAUUUGACUAUUUUGUGAUUUUGAACUGUGGUCUCACAAAUAAAAAACCUGCCCAGUAAAA